GCGGCCGCGCGCACCGACCCGGCCGACGACUCCGGCGACCGCGCGCACACGACAAAACCCCGGCGGCGACGACAGACCCACAGGAUCAGACGACUCAGCGAGCGGAACACCCCCUGGCGCCGGCCGUUAAAGUCAAGUCAAGCACCGGAGCCGGUGUAUAAAGCUCCGGCGACUGGUGCCCACCACGGCUAGCUGCCGUCGUCGCAGAAGUAGGAGCUCGCGUUUCUCCAUCCGUACGUCCUGCAGUAGUGAUUGGGCAGCAUCGUCAUCGAUCGAUCGCCAUGAGGCUCCGCGGCGUGCUGCGCCUCGUCCUCGCGCUCCUCCUCGCCGCCACCGCCAUCGUGCCGGUGCUGCUCCUUAGCGAGAACGGCGGCGGCGGCGUCGCACCUGCGCCGCCGUUCAACUCCUCGCGUGUCAAGGCCGUCUCGUGGCAUCCAAGGAUCUUCGUGUACAAGGGGUUCCUCUCCGACGCCGAGUGUGACCACCUCGUGACUCUGGCGAAGAAAAAGAUCCAGCGGUCCAUGGUGGCGGACAACGAGUCCGGCAAGAGCGUCAAGAGCGAGGUGCGCACCAGCUCCGGCAUGUUCCUCGACAAGCGCCAGGACCCGGUGGUGAGUCGGAUCGAGGAGAGGAUCGCGGCAUGGACGUUUCUUCCUCAAGAGAACGCCGAGAACAUGCAGGUGCUGCGCUACGAGCCGGGGCAGAAGUACGAGCCGCACUUCGACUACUUCCACGACAGGGUCAACCAGGCCCGCGGCGGCCACCGCUACGCCACCGUGCUCAUGUACCUGUCCACCGUCCGCGAGGGAGGCGAGACCGUGUUCCCCAACGCCAAGGGUUGGGAGUCCCAGCCCAAGGACGCCACUUUCUCCGAGUGUGCACACAAAGGAUUGGCAGUGAAACCGGUGAAAGGCGACGCCGUGCUCUUCUUCAGCCUGCACGCCGACGGCACGCCGGACCCGCUCAGCCUCCACGGGAGCUGCCCGGUGAUCCGGGGCGAGAAGUGGUCGGCGCCCAAGUGGAUCCACGUCAGGUCGUACGAGGACGAACCCCAGGCAGUACUCGUGCUCCCCGAGGAAACCGACGGCGCGCGGGUGCGCCGAUAGGAGCGAGCGCUGCGCGAAGUGGGCCGCGGCGGGUGAGUGCGCCUGGAACCCGGCGUACAUGCUCGGCGCCGGCGAUGAGGGGGCGCCUGGGCAGUGCCGCAGGAGCUGCGGAGUCUGCGAUUCGUAGGCGCGUCCUUGCCUUUUCUUUCUUUCUUCCUUUCUUUGUUUGUUUUGGGAUGCAGUAUUCAGAUAACUAGUGGCUGUUUUUCUGUACUUGAUGAUGAUGUGUACAUAGCUAGUGAAAGCUUUCUUCA